CAAUGUUUCAUCUUCUUUUUGUUGUUACUUUGUUUGUACAUGUACAAAGUGAUCCUCAAAAUAGCUCAAUUGUUGAAUAUCUUCCUGGUUUUGAUGGACCUCUUCCUUUUUAUCUUGAGACUGGAUACAUUGGAGUUGCCAAAUCUGAGGAAGUGCAACUAUUCUAUUACUUUGUUAAAUCAGAAUCCGACCCGAAGAAAGAUCCGAUCUUGCUAUGGAUAUCAGGAGGACCCGGUUGCUCAUCCUUCACAGGAUUGGUGUACGAAGUAGGUCCAUUGGCUUUUGGACAAAAGACAUACAAUGGAAGCCUACCAUUUCUUGUUUCAAGACCAUAUUCAUGGACAAAGUUCACGAGUAUAAUUUUCUUGGACGAGCCUUUAAAUACUGGGUUCUCAUAUGCAACAACUUCAACGGGGCACAACUAUACUGAUCUACAAGCAUGCGGUCAAGUCUAUGAAUUUCUACGAAAGUGGUUCAUUAAUCAUCCAGAAUUCAUCUCGAACCCUUUCUAUGUUUCUGGGGACUCUUAUGCAGGCAUUACAGUUCCAGUUAUGGUUCAACUAAUAUCAAAUGGAAUUGAAGCAGGCAAAGAGCCAUUAAUCAACCUUAAGGGCUAUUCACUUGGAAAUCCAAAAACAUUUCCUGAGGAAGACAAUUACCAAAUUCCUUUUUGUCAUGGUAUGGGGCUAAUAUCCGACGAACUUUAUGAGUCGUUGAAACAGACUUGCAAAGGAGAAUAUCGAAAUAUAAAAUCUACCCAUAAACCAUGUUCAGAAAACUUAAAAAUAUUCAAGGAGCUUGUGAGUGAUCUAUGCGAUGAACAAGUACUAGAGCCUUACUGUGGAACAUACUCUGAAGAACCAAAAUUACGCCAAUCGUCAAGUGAAAGAAGAUUUCUUGAAGAGAAUUUCAUCUUUUUAAACCGUGAUGACUUUAUCUAUCGAAGAAUAAGUCGUGUUGACACACACAAUCUCUCAGUUAAUUGGGCAAAUGACCCAAAAGUUCAAGAGGCUCUCCAUGUUAGGAAGGGAACUAUAAAAAGAACAUGGGCGAGAUGUAGGCAAAGUAUUGGGGAUAAAAGUUACGCAAUUACUUUCAUGAAUAGUAUACCUUACCAUACAAACCUUAGUACAAAAGGUUAUCGAUCACUUAUAUACAGUGGCGAUCAUGACAUGGUUGUUCCUUUUCAAUCGACACAAGCAUGGAUAAAGUAUUUAAAUUAUCCUAUUAUUGAUGAUUGGCGUCCAUGGAUGGUUAAUGAACAAGUUGGAGGUUACACAAGGUCUUACUCUAAUCAUAUGACAUAUGCAACGGUAAAGGGAGGAGGGCACACAGCUCCAGAGGACAGACCUGAAGAGAGUUUUCACAUGUUUAAAAGAUGGAUAUCUCAACAACCUUUGUAAUCUUUUUUAUUUAGUUCA